AUGUCGACAAAGAGGAAGGAGAAUAGCGUCCGUCACUUUCUUAACGCGCAACCGAAGAAAAUUUCUUCUCCCACAACCGAGAGGAGUUCAGCACAAAAGCAAGAUACAGCACCACUGGAUGUAAAUAUCGAUAUUUUGAAUGAUCAUCACCAACUAAGCGACUAUUCUCCAGAUAUGUCGAUUGUUGUUGAAGAUUCAGAGGAAGUAACAAUUAAUAGCAACGUUCCGCGUAAAGUGUUGAGUAUCGCAGCAGAAGAGGCGGAAUUACCAAAGGAAUGUGUCAGACUGGGGACAUUGCAACAGAUUUUCCACAAAGCGGAGUUUCUUUUGAACGAACCUAAUGCUAUCAAGGCGGCGGCGUCAGAUGAUUCGCGAAAUCAGAACUGUCAAGACGGUGGUACUCCACUUAUCGUUCGUCCAGUGAACAAGAAAUCUAAUCUAUUUACGUGUGAGUGUACUGUUGUACCUUCAAAUAUGUUGGUAUGUGUCCUGAUACCGUUGCAGUGGCUGAAACGCAAGAUCUAUUGUUUGAAUAUCUUUCCGACUUGCGUGCAAAGUUUACUAGUCAGGAAGGGAAAAAGAAAAAUGUAGGAGUAAACAUAACAGCAGUCAUAGAAACCGGUUUGAAAAUCACUGAGAAAGCUGACAAGCUAAAUGAAGUAAACAAAAAGGUGCAGAGAUGUUUAAAAAAGAGUGGAGCCAAAGAAUCAUUUUCUAGUACAUGCACAACAAACCCAGUACUGAAAAAUGUCACACCUACAGCAACAACUACUGGGUUUGGACAUGAAAUCGGAACUUCACCUCAGCCGUUUUUACGUUAUGUGCACGACGAACCCAACGCUAAAGCAAGUCACACCUGCUAUUCCGGAUGUUUUUCCAACACCAACCGAGUUUGGACAUCAAUUCGAAGCUGCAGUUCAUCAGUCAGUGGGCAUGGUCCCAGGGCUGCUCCAACCACAUCAAAUAUUUCAGGAGCAUCAGUUAGAGGCGUCAUAUGGGCAUCUGCAAGUGGGGAAGACAAGCGUCACCACCCAACAAAGUCGCAGCAUCGCAAGUAAUAUUCAGCCUGAUUUAAAUG